AGGACGUGCGCUUGGUGAUGGGAAAACUCUUAGAAAGUCGCAAGAUUCAACGGGCGACACACAACAUGUACGCAUACCGCAUCUACAACGAAAGCAAAGGUGUGUGGCUAGCGGAUUGUGAUGACGAUGGUGAACAGCACGCUGGCAGUCGGCUCGCCCAUCUUCUUGACAUGCAGGGCGUCAAGGAUGUACUUGUGGUUGUUAGUCGAUGGUUCGGCGGGAUAUUGUUGGGCCCGGAUCGUUUCAAACACAUCAAUAAUGUGGCUAGAGUCGCAUUAGUGGACCAGGGAUACGUGAGAGACAAGGAGAAGUAGAAUCGACACUCUUUGAAUAGGAAAUUUGCGGGCUUCUCGUCCAACAAUGUGAAAUGACACAGUCUGACUGUGAGCAGAUCGCUCGUGAUAUAAGUACUCCGGCCUGCUAUACUUGGCUCAUACAAACGCCCAGCGUUCUGAGAAAUCGCAAGCUUCUAAUGAAAACCUUAUUCAACUAGAAUGAUGGCUUGUGUCGUUAAAAAUCGCUGCGAUAGGUAAUGCUUCACAGUGAGAGACCUUUACCAACAUUUACAACGGACCAAGCCGGCCCGAUCUGGUCAGAGACUUGCUCUUCUUGUACUACAAUGAUGUCUAAGAUCGUUUGUCAUGGCCAACACCGUUAUUGUCGAGCAUGGAGACCAUAGCUUAAACUGACUCGUGUAUUAUAAAUUUAAUCGGGUAGCUAGUGGUACAGGGCAUCCCAGUGGUGUUCAAUAGACCUUAUACGGGCUCUCAUAGUAGCGUUGUGCGUUGGCAUGUAGCUGAUUGGAUAUGAGAAAACAAGGUCCGAAAUUCAAUUUAAAAUGUCGGUCAAUACUCUUUGCAAUCGUUUCACUCUAGCAAGACGAACCGGUUCUGCACCUACAUAGUGAUCGCGAUGGUCUAAUGUAAUCAAUAAAUCUUAAUCGAGA